AUGCCACGCGUUGUACCGCCCCAACCGGAGACGUACUUCUGCACCUCGCUGAAGCUGGAGGAGGAUAAGGAUCUGUAUGUUGUGAGCUUCGAGCCAAACGCGACAAUGGAGACGGCUCACCACAUGCUGUUGUACGGCUGCGAGCUGCCCGGCCUGACGGAGGCCGUCUGGAACUGCGGGGACAUGGCCAACCGUGACCCUGCCAAGAGGACCGGCCCUGUCUGCCGCGGCCGAUCACAGGUGAUCUACGCGUGGGCGAAGAACGCACCCAAGCUCGUGCUGCCGAAAGGUGUUGCAUUCCACCUUGGGAAGAAUACAGAUGUGAAAUAUCUCACCUUGCAAGUUCAUUACGCGGACGUGUCAUUAUUCAAAGAUGGAAAAACAAAAGACGACUCUGGCGUGUUCCUCACAUACACCGAAACUCCGCAGCCCAAGUCGGCAGGCGUCCUUCUGAUGGGCACUGGCGGCUACAUCUUCCCGUACUCGCAGGCGCACAUGGAGACCGCCUGCGACAUCGCCGAGGACAAGCUCAUCCACCCAUUCGCCUUCCGCACGCACACGCACGCGCUAGGCGAGGUGGUGUCCGGCUGGCGUGUCCGCUACGCCGGCGGCCAGUACCAGUGGACGUUGAUUGGCAAGAUGAACCCGCAGCUACCGCAGAUGUUCUACCCGGUGCUGGACAACGUCACGCUGAGCCGCGGUGAUGUCGUGGCCGCCAGGUGUACCAUGAGCAGCCACCGCGCCCGCGUCACCAAAGUCGGGGCGACGGCGCGAGACGAGAUGUGCAACUUCUACAUGAUGUACUGGACGGAGGGCACGCCACUGGCGCGCAGCAGCUGCUUCAGCUGGGGGCCGCCCUUCUCCUACUGGCACCGGCUGCCAAUGGGGCUGCUACGGCUCUUCUCCUACCCGUGGCUCUCGCAGAUCCCCGACGAGAACCGUGCCUCGACCAUCGACGGCGAGGAGCUCCGCUCCUACCUGUUCGGCCGCAUGCGCAACGACUAG